UUCUUGCUUCCUUUUGAAGCUCUCGCUUCUUCUUCUGCCUCUCUGCUAAUCUUUAAACUGUCAAGAAAUUUCUUCACCUCCCAUGGCUUCCGUAAACCCCAUCAUCUUGGCAUGGGGUGCUGGAGAAGAUGGGCAGUUGGGCAUUGGAAACAAUGAAGAGAAAGAAUGGGUUUGUGCUGUCACGGCUCUCGAGUCUGAAAGGGUUUGCUCUGUUGUCGCCGGGAGUAGAAACUCGCUUGCCAUAUGUGAAGAUGGAAAAGCUUCUUUUUACAUGGGGCUGGAACCAGAGAGGAACUUUAGGCCACUCACCAGAAACAAAAACCGACAACAUUCCUAGCCAGGUUAAAGCUCUUGCCAAUAUGAAGAUUGUUCAAGCAGCAAUUGGUGGGUGGCAUUGUCUGGCUGUCGAUGAUCAUGGCCGUGCAUAUGCUUGGGGUGGCAAUGAGUAUGGGCAAUGUGGCGAAGAACCUGAGAGGAAAGACGAUGACAGUCGGGCUCUCAAAAGGGAUAUUGUCAUUCCUCAGCGUUGUGCCCCAACGCUUACAGUUCGCCAGGUGGCUGCUGGAGGUACGCACUCUGUGGUGCUUACACGUGAGGGACAUGUAUGGACAUGGGGUCAGCCAUGGCCUCCUGGAGAUAUAAAACAGAUAUCAAUUCCUGUAAGAGUUCGAGGUCUUGAAAAGGUGAGGCUUAUUGCAGUUGGUGCUUUCCACAAUUUGGCCCUUGUAGAGGAAGGAGUUUUAUGGGCAUGGGGUAACAAUGAAUACGGACAACUUGGAACUGGAGAUACUCAGCCAAGAUCUCAACCUAUUCCUGUUCAAGCACUAUCUGGUCUCACUUUGGUUGAUAUUGCUGCAGGAGGAUGGCAUUCCGCUGCAUUAACAAAUGAAGGAGAGGUGUAUGAUUGGGGAAGGGGAGAGCAUGGUAGACUUGGAUUGGGAGAUGACAGGAGCAGCAAAAUGGUGCCACAGAAGGUUCAACUCCUAGUCGGGGAGGACAUUGUUCAGGUUUCUUGUGGUGGUACGCACUCGGUCGCUUUAACACGAGAUGGGAGAAUGUUCUCUUUCGGACGAGGAGACCAUGGACGCCUGGGACAUGGGAGGAAAGUGACAACCGGCCACCCAAUUGAAGUGCCAAUAAACCGCCAACCUCCAACAAAUCUCAGCAGCAGUGACAGCCAUGGAAGAUGGUGUGUUAAGCUCAUCGCUUGUGGUGGACGACAUACUCUAGCAAUAGCCAAAUGGCAGACUGAUGAAUCAAAACAGUCCUUGUGAAUUUAAGCAGGUCAAAAUGCAUACUCACAGACUAUGAAGAUCUAUGAACUUGUAUGAAUGCAGCAAUUUGAUUUUCUUUUGCCACAGAAGAAAGGGAUGGGGAAGGACAAUUUUAUACAUUUAGAAGACUAUUCUAUUUUGAAUAAAUUUGAAUGAAUUUGUUA